AUGGAGAGGCACAUCGAGCCACCCAAAUUUGAGCUGCUGCGGGCAAAAUGGGAAGCACAGCAGCAGGGCAACCCAAACAACGACUCGUUGUCACCCACCACCCCGGGCCGCACACCUGCCCAGCAACGCCAAUUCUACACUUCUUCAAGCGAAACACGCGAUUCCAAGAUCCGCCGCUUCAGCUCCUUUGCCGCUUUCACAACCCCCAUCAACCCAUUUGCCCGCCGCGAUCGAGUCGGCAUGCCUUUUCCCAAGUCGCCCUCGUACAAGGCCCUCGUCGCUCCCGACGAGCGGGAGGACCCUCCAUCUCCUUUGAAGCGCCGCCACGGAAGCAGGCUCUCGUCCUUCAAGACCGCCUCACACGCCAUGCCACCACCGCCAUUGCCAGCUGCAAAGGCCAACACCCAAGCUCCUCAACGCCGGUCCAUGCGCCUUCCCAGGAGCCAGACAACCAGCAACAUCCCGCUGCUCACAGCUAGCGCCCCCGAACCUGUGCAGCGAUCUCCCAUCAGGCGUCCACCGUCUGGAACUCCGUCGCGCAAGACGACGGGAUUGAGACAGCCAUCGCAAUCAGCGAGCAACCUUAUCCGCAGCAGACCGCCUACACCCCAUCGCAGCGCCGACGAGCCAAUGCCCGUCACUGCCCAGUCUACGAACAAUCUAAUUUCUCUGACUUCCUUGAACUCAUUUGCCAACAUCCGCAGCAAGCUGCCCACGCCCGCCAUGAACAAGGAGGCAAGGCAGUUAGGAACGGCGACUAAAAUGUUCGGAGGCAUGGUGAAGGCACAGAAGGCCAGGGACAAGCGCUCGUACACGCAGCCUAACCUUACGAGUGCGACGACCAUGCCAUCUCAGUUCAUCACGCCGCGAAAGACGGCCUUCAGGGAAGAGUUCGCUACUAAGACGCCGCGCUACAUGGCAAGCGAGAAUGCCAAGCCGUUAUCUCUCACAGAUGAUCUCUUUGCUCCAGCUGACGGGCUUGAGGUCACAGAAGUAGUAGGUGAUGAAGAGCUCAGGCGGUACGGGGCGAGAGUGGAAGAUUGGGGAAGCCCGCACGCUAUUGAGACACCUCCGACUAUCAAGCCCAACAGGACAUCCGGCACCGCUCACAGCAGACACCCCUCACAGCUUCCUCGCCUUCACUCCUCAGGCUCUCUCCCCCAAAAUGGUCUUCUUGCGCCGCUCUCUCCGCCAUUCCCUCGAACGCCGCGUCACUCGACCGCUCAUAGUCAAUCUCUGCUUUCCCCCGGCAGCGGCGCCAAUCCGCCCACCAUCCUACGCCAUUCGCACUUGUCGCCCUGCUUGGAAGACUCACACACGAAUCCGAGGACAGCAAUCCGCUUCAUCUCCACCGGUCAGCUCCGUGCAUGGUCGCCUCCAUCGUCCCCAACACCGACACAUUCGUCCCAUUCGUCGUCCUUCCAAGCCCUACCUCCGUCUCCGACACCCGCCAGCGGCGGUGGCGGUGUCUACGGCGCCCAGCCUCCGACGCAUGCGCUCGUCAACACGGCACAGCCUUCAGCCUACUGGGCGGGCCGCUUCGCAUCGUGCUUCGACCGGCUGCGCUUCGAGGCCUUCCACACCGAGGGUCGCGCCUUCCGGCUCUCCGGCCGCGUGUCGGACACGUUCGGCGCCUUUGUCGACGGCGGCGAGGAGACCCGUGCCCGCCGCGUCUUCAGUGAGCUGUCCGCAUGCUGCCGCUCCGACGAGGCGGCCCGCAGCUUGCGCGACUUUCAGGCCGAGUGGGCCCGCAGGUGCGGCAGCGUCUCCUGCAUGCCGCCGCCGGCGGUGAUUGUGUUGGGUGGAAGUGGAGAGAGUGGAAGUGGGGUGGCCAGCAGUGGGGAUGCUAGAGUGGGCGACCAUGUGGUGGGUGGGGGUGAAGACGGCCUGAGAGGCGGAGAGGGCAAGGGAAGGAAGACGGGCAUGGGAUUCAUGGAGAGGCUGAGGGGUAUUGCAAGAAAGACGAGCGCUUAA